UCAAUCCCUCGCUCAAACAGAAAGAGGCGUAUCCCUCGCAGGAAACAAGCAACUCUCCCAAGGGACGGUCUAUCUGUCUGUCACCAAGAACAGGGGUGUCAAGAACCCAACAAGUCAUCUUCUUCUUUCCACCAAAAAAAAAAAAAAAAAACUUUUUAACUGGAAAGAAGCUAUCUGCAGAACAAAAAUGUUGGGUUCAGCAGUUCCAGCGACCUUGAGUGUGAAGCUUUGCCUCUUCCAACGCCUGCCCACAAAUGCCCACUUUGAGUUUUCUGGAGUUGAAGCCACAAAACCACCCGCAAGAAGAAGAAGACAUCAUAAUCAUCAUCAUCAACAUCAAAAUCAUCAUCUUCAUAUUCGCUAUCAUCAUAAACUCAACAACCUCAAGUCACUCUUUGGCCGCGCAGUCAUCGCAAGGGCCACGAAUGAUGGUGGUGGCGGGGUUGGUUCCUUUUCACAGCAGCCUACAUCUCCAGAUGUUGAAGAAGUAAACAUUUCUUCAUCUAGUCUUGGUGAUGGUUAUGUUUCCCUUUUUGUUCGGAUGCUUGGACUAGAUAAUGACCCCCUUGAUAGAGAGCAGGCAAUUGUGGCUCUAUGGAAAUAUUCACUUGGAGGAAAGAAGUACAUUGAUGCCAUCAUGCAGUUUCCUGGAUCUAUUAAUCUCACCGUAAACCUGCUUAGAUCAGAAUCUACUUCAACAUGUGAAGCAGCUGCUGGUCUUCUACGAUCAAUAUCUAUGGUUAAUCUGUACAAAGAUUUGGUGGCAGAAAGUGGAGCAAUCGAGGAGAUAACUGGCUUACUAAAUCGACCUUCCUUGAUUUCUGAGGUGAAGGAGCAAAGCCUAUGUACUUUAUGGAACUUGUCAGUGGAUGAAAAGCUUCGGGUGAAAAUUGCUAACAUUGAUAUCUUGCCAAUACUUGUUAAGUCUCUUGACGACGAGGAUAUAAAGGUGAAGGAAGCAGCGGGAGGGGUUUUAUCAAAUUUAGCAUUGAGCCAGGUCAACCACAAAAUCAUGGUUGAAGAAGGUGUUAUUCCGAAAUUGGUGAAGUUCUUGAAAAAUGAUGAUGAAGGAUCUAAAGUAAUUAGAAAGGUGGCAAGAAAUGCGUUGUUGGAACUAUCUAAGGAUGAUUAUUACAGAAUUCUUAUCAUAGAGGAAGGCCUGCUACCCGUCCCCUUAAUUGGUGCAGCCGCUUACAAGUCCUUCAGACCAGGUUUGCAUUCCUGGCCUAGAUUGCCAGAUGGUACUGAGAUUGAGCGGACUUCAAAAACUCCUUCCAGGUUCGGUGCUUCGGAAUUACUCCUUGGUUUAAAUGUUGAUGACAAGAUUGUAAAUAUUGACGAAGUCAAGAUGAAUGCUAUAGUUGGACGGACACAGCAACAGUUUCUCGCACGUAUUGGGGCCAUUGAAACAGAAGAUGGGAAAAAAGAAUCUGAACUUUUAUCUGGUCAGCAACUUACCCUUUUGCCGUGGGUGGAUGGCGUGGCUCGUUUGGUUUUAAUUCUUGAACUUCAGGACGAGUCGGCAUUAUCCAGAGCUGCAGAGUCAAUUGCAGAUGCGUCUAUUAAUGAAGACAUGCGGUUUGCAUUCAAGGAAGCUGGAGCAGUAAAGCACUUAGUUCGGCUUUUGGAAUAUAACAAUCAUGCUGUAAAGUUGUCUGCAAUUCGACCUUUGGAGAGGUUAUCUGUCAGCAAUGGUGUUUGCCAGGCUAUUGAAGCUGAAGGUGUUAUGGAUCCUUUAAUUGACACUCUGAGGUGCCCCGAUAUUUCGGAUAAUUUGAUGGAAAAGACCUUGGAUAUUCUUGCUCGGAUCUUAGACCCUAGUAAAGAAAUGAGGUCAAAGUUUUAUGAUGGACCAGUCAAUGGAUCAAAUAAGGGAUUGGAUGAAGCAAGAAACUCUAAUCGCCCCAGGGAAAAUAAUGGAGAUAUGACUGAGAUAGACAUUCCAAAAACAAACACCAGGAAAAGUGUGCUGGACUCUGCUGUCAUCGCUUGCCUUGUUGAGAUUUUAAAGACAUCAGCUCCAAACUUACAGAGGAAAGCUGCUUCCAUUCUUGAAUUCAUUGCAAUCACUGACCCAACUAUGGAUAUGGUCAUUUCAGUGGCUAUCGAAUCUGCUCUGGAUACGGUUUUCCAGCAAAAAGUUCUUAAAGACACAGACUCUGAUUUAGAGGGAAAGGAGCCAGAAAAAUAUGCACUUGAAGUAGAAGAAGCCGGUCUUGCAAUUUCUGCAGCCUCUCGGUUACUAACAAAACUGCUUGAUUCCGAGCAAUUUUGCCGCAAUAUAAAUUCCCGCCAUUUCAUGAAGUUGCUACGUGAUAUCCUCAAGUCUAGCAUCCCUCUUAACUGUAAAGAUUGGGUUGCUGCUUGCUUAGUCAAACUUGGUUCCCUUUCGGGUCCCAAGCCAAAUCUCAAGGAAUCAAUCAACGUGGAGGUAACCCUUUACGAGACGAUACCAAGACUCAUCAGGCAACUGAAAACAUCUUCCUCUCUACAAGCAAAAGAAGCUGCCGUGGUAGAACUCAACAGAAUAAUCUCCGAGGGAGUCAUUGAUUCAACUCGAGCUGUUGCUUCCGAGGGAGGGAUAUCUCCUUUGGUGAAGCUGAUCGAAGAAGGGAGCGAUAGGGCAGUCGAAGCAGGCUUGGCAAUACUGUAUAAUCUGAGCAUGGACAGUGAGAAUCAUUUGGAAAUUGUGGCUGCCGGAGCAGUGCCGGUUUUGAGGAGGAUUGUUCUUUCACAAAGACCACAGUGGACAAGGGCACUUCAUUUGCUCAGGACAUUGCCUACAUGAUGAGACCCCAGUAUCACCAUACUUCGGUAGUUAUAACAUGAUGUAAAGUAUAAAGCAGUUUCUUUCUUCUUUUAGAAAAAUCCACCAUUUUUUUUUGCUAUUCAUGGAAAGCAUUCAGGAGUCUAUACAUCAUCAUGACACUUUUCCCUAAACGAGUCCUAUAAGAUGAAAUACAAAUCCAACUUGCUGGCCAUGAAUGUGUUAUGCGCCAAGAAUGCUGCAGGCAAUGUUGUCAUGAGCAACUUGAGCUUCCUAGUUUCAUCUUUCCUAAAUUGCUAAACAUUUUUGAGAUCCCAAUU